AUGAGAAAUAACAGCUAGUAAAAAGAGAAUACCUCAUAAUUAAAAGAAGUAAUUAAAUUAAUUCUAUUUUGAGACAAUUCAUAAAUUACAAUAGAGGGAUGCUACAUAAAGAUUUGAAAUAGCUAAAUUAAAAAAAUUAUUAGUUGAAAGAAAUUAGGAAUAUAAGUUAGCAUUUGAUUAAUUAUAAGAACUAAAAAGAAUAUAGUAAAGAGUAAUUAAAAUAUAUUAUUAUUGAUAGGAUAAUCAAUAUAUAUUAAAAGUAGACAAUUAUGUUGCUAAAUUAAAAUAGAAAUUGUAAAAAGCCAAUAUCAAAAUUGAUUCAUUAGAAUCAAAAUUCUCCUCAUCAAGAGUCAAAUAAAAUAUUACAAUUGAUGAUUCAUUCAAUGGCAAUGACUCAUUUCAAACAGAUCAUUUAACAAUAUCAACUAAACAUCCAAUUCUAAAAUAAACUUCUAAUCGAUCAAAUAAAGCUUAUUCUGUUAAUAAACCUAAAUUAAUAUGUAAACCAAUUAAAGUUUAAUUACCAUAUCCAAACAUUAGUUAUACAGAAAAUUAAGAAAUAUUAGAAAAUAAUUCUCUCAAUAAAUCUUAUCCAUUACAAGAAUAAAUUCUUAACAGAAUACUAGAUGAUGAAGAAUUUAUAAAUAAUUUCAGUAAUUAGUUUGAUUAGAUGCAGACAGAUUUAUUUUCAUAUUAAAAAAUCCAGACUUAACCACUUAGUUUCUCAUGCAAUUCAAGAUAAAGUAAUUUCAGUUUUGUGAAUAGUGAAAAAAAGUAAAAUCGAAAUGAUAAAUAAUAAAAAUAACCUAAUCGAUAAUGUAUUUAGAUUAUUUUUAAUAAUUUUUAGAUCAUUCAAUAUCAAUUGAGGAGAAGGAAAAUAAUAGUAAAUAUUUUAAUUGA